AUGAUUGUCUGGCUGACGAGGAGCUCAGAGUCAGACAUCAGCAGAUGCUGGACAGUCGGUGUAUCGGAUACGGGCUUGCGACGCGAGUACAUCUGCUCGUGCGUGAGACACUGUCACCGCGCUUUGCAAGGCGACACGCCACAUGUCACGACCAAGUCAAACUUCAAUACAGAGAACAACUGCUAUACCGGCUUCAGUGCUCUGCCUAGCUACUACACUACUACUCAGCUCAAGCGACGAUCGCUCAGCUCUCUACCGACAUAUCCGUCACUCAGAAACUCAUAUCCGCCCUCGCUAGAAUAG